AUGUACACUUACCGGUGUUUAAAAUGUAUAUACAUUAACACAUUGAAGAUGGACUUGCAAAAUGAAGAAAAUAAUAAAAAGCUCAUUAAAAAUCCAAAAGUUAAACUACUAAGGACUGGAAGAACCACCUUCAAGUACAAAGGGGAUUGGAAUAAUUUACCAGAUUUGUUACUUGAAAAUAUUUUCUCGUUUCUGGACAUUGGAGCUAAACAUAACGCUUCAAAAACAUGCAGAUUGUGGAAUUCAGUUUUUCAUUUACCAUAUUCAUGGCAUACGUUUGUUUUUGACGACACGACCCUCACCCGGAGAAAGUUUAACUAUUAUUCAGGAUGGCAGUACAUGUUAGACCAUCUACGGGUGCAAUUGUGCCUUCAGUCCAUUGGCCGUUACGUCAAAGUUCUGGUGUUCAAGCCGAUUACCAAUUUUUAUAACCUAUACGAGUUCAUGAACAUGAUAUCGUUCUAUGCGGAACAUGGCCAAGGAGUAGGAUCCAGAAUAAGCACAUUACAGUACACAUUCCCGUGCAACAUGGCGACGUCACGCAUCGACGAAUCGGUUUUGUACGGCACAGGAGGUAAGCUUUUGGAAGCCCUAAAAAGAUUGAUGGGAAACUUGCCGUCACUUGUGAGAUUGGAGCUGAUUGAUUUGAUGUUGGACAACGAAGACGCACAGACGUUAUUGGACCAAGUGUGUUUCUACUGUUGCACCACUUUGAGAACCUUAGUGUUGGUGAAUACUACUAAAUACCUAUGCCAGUUGCUCCACCCCGGAGCUUUUAUUAAUUUACAGAUAUUGGUGAUUAGUCCUCAGAAUCUAGGUAGCGAUUUGUUGUUAAUGCUGAGUCAAAUCAGACUCAGUCACUUGCACAUACUCCAAAACCGUUAUACGCCCAUUGACAUCGAACCCAUGAACUCGUUCGACUGGAAACAUUGUGUUAAGACAAACCCAACGUUAAAAGUACAUCUCAGGGUGGAAUCCAUCAGAGAAAGACAGAUUUUAUGGCAACCUAGUUCACCAGUUUCAAGCAUAAUUUAUAAAUCGCCAAACAUGCGGAUGAGCAAUGAAAUUUUAAAUAAAGCAAUCGAAUUAUACUCUGAUCGAUUGCUGACGUUUGGUUAUCUGGAACUCCCGAAAUUCUAUCAACCAUCGUCGUUCAAAGAGCGAAUUGACACCACCUUGGUAAACCUAGUCCAGUUUUGUCCUAAGCUGGAUACCUUGAUAAUUAGAGAAAAAAUAUCUACGUGCACAUUGUUAUUGAUUUCAUACUAUGGUCACUCGUUAAAAUUUUUACACGUCCGUCGCAAUGCUGUUAUCUUACGAUGCGAUUGGCCACGACAAAACGAUUGGUCGGAUGAGUUUUACCAAUGGUUGAAAAAGUCCAGCACAUCGUACGAAAUAGUAGAAGAAGAAAUUUCGUUGUCUUUAGGAUUGGACAAAUGGUCUAUGCUUAGUGAUCAAGAUUUUAAACGUAUAUCUCCACAACUUUAUUCGUCGUUUUAUAAGUAA